AUGCUAGACUGGCUAAUGGAGAUGAGGCUGGUUGGAAUUGCCAUUCUCCUUGGGAUGGCAGAUGUUCUCCAUGCCUUUGCAAUCAUGGAGAAGGAAGAUGUAUUCAAGAAAACACCCUGCCCAGCCUUCCUGAUGUUCGACAAUGCUGCCUACUUGGCUGACAUGAGUUUUGAGCUCCCUUGUAAGUGCAAGCCAGAGGAGGUCACCUCAGUCGUGUGGUACUUCCAGAAGAGCAUGGGCAGCCGGCAGACUAAGGUCUUAACAGACUUUGAUGGAACCAUGUUCUUGGACUCUGGCCACAUCCGCGUGGGCAGCGACAUGCUGAAGCGCUUCAGCAUUAGGAUGUUCAGUCUCAUCGUCUUCCAGGCCCAGGUGAAGGAUUCAGGCCACUAUCUCUGUGGUACCAAGGAAGGGGACUUCUUCUAUGGCUAUGAUGUGGACGUGCAGCCCUCCCAGGCCAUCACCGUGGCCUUUGAGGACAGGAGCCAGCACCCACAGAAGGAUCACACAGAAAAGCAUUUCAGCGUGUUCACCACCUUCUGGGACUGGACCAAGUGUGACCGGUGUGGGGUGAGAGGUGAGCAACGGAGAAUUGGCCUCUGCUACGUGAAGAGCGCCUACCUCUACCCCAGGUACCGCACAGUCCCGACAGACGUGGUGUCCUGUGGCUCAAGAUCUGUCCCCGAGCGCUUCCAGGGCACCAUCCGGCGCAGGAAGCCCGAGGUUGUCAUCCGAAGCUGCCUAACGCCCUGUGUAAAGAAAGAGGGCCCACAGGAAGGAGUGCUGUCCAUCUCCAAUCUCAUUGCAAAGAUUGGCCAGAAACCCUGGCUGCCCAAAGUCCCCAUUCAGUUCCACAAGCAACAAAUUGGCAGCGGUCUGAUAAUUGCCUGCCCCGGGGCCAGGCCUGAGCAUGCAGUGGCAUGGGACAAAGAUUCGACCCGAUUGUACCGCACCAGCUUCCUCAUCGGGGUCAACAAAAGCAUGCGGGUCUUCAUUGACCAUGGCAACCACCUGCACAUUCGAUUUACCCAGCUGGACGACAGGGGCACUUACUACUGCUGGUGUGAGGGGCAAAUGGUUGCUGGCUUUCGGCUCUCCGUGGGGUUCCGAGGUCACCGCAAGCGAACCCUCGAUGACCCCGAGACGAGAUAUGCCAUCAAGGCCAUCCUCACAAGCUAUGUCCUCAUCACCAUAGUGUUCGUCAGCAUCCACGUCAGCCGCUGCUGCUGCUAUGUGUUCAGAUGCACUCCCAUGGAGUAG